AUGAAUUUGUUCUCUGUAGUCGCGAUUCUGCUUUUUGCGGACUUUAAAGGCGUCUCUGCUGCGUCUGAAGCAUCGCACACUCUAUGGUACUCUCACCCUGCACUCCGAGACUUUUAUGAAGGCAUCCCAGUCGGGAACGGCCGCUUGGGUGCUACGAUCCAUGGAUAUCCCGACAAAGAGCUCAUACGUCUCAAUGAAGAAUCUAUCUGGAGCGGGGGGCCGAUGGAAAAGAUCCCUCCAGGGGCGAGAGAUGCUCUUGAACCACUGCGACAACAGAUCCUCGAUGGACGCUUAACAGAGGCCGACAAGAACUGGGUCGCUAACUUCACGCCGGAAUAUGAUGACAUGCGACGAUACCAGCCAGCGGGAGAGCUUCGAAUUGACUUUAAUCACACCUUCAAUAACACAUCGGAUUACAGACAUUCUCUGGACAUAUCCACUGGGCUGGCGUCACUGAGUUACGGGUUUGAAGGUGUGCGGUAUACAAGGGAGGCGUUGGGAAACUUUCCAAAGAAUGUGCUGGUUUUCAAACUCGCUGCCAACAAAUCUGAAUCCCUAAACUUUGAUAUCGCCUUAACUAGGAACGUGAACGUAACUGCCUUGGACGUGGACGCAACCGAUGGAAUCCUCAGGUUGGAUGGAACAGGAGAGGAAGACGACACGUAUCGCUAUGUUUCGAAGGCGCGCAUUUUGCUAUCUGGAGAUAUUGGAACAAUCAGCUCAAACGGCACGGCUUUGAGCGUUAGAGCUGCCAACGAGGUCUUCGUCAUUUACACAGUGGAGACGGCAUUUAAACACUCUUGUGCCACAGCAGACAACUUGGAAGCAAUCGUGGAUAGCCGUUUAUCCGUAGCCGUCCAGGCCGGAUACGAAGCCCUGUCCAAGGAGGCGAUUCAAGACUACAAAAAGUACUACGAUCGCUCCUCCAUCGACCUUGGCACGUCGGACGAAAUAGGCUCCAAGAGCACCAUAUCCCGCCUCGAGAACUGGAAACGCGGCAGCAACAUUACCACAGAUCCCGAAAUGAUGGCUCUCCAGUUCAACUACGGGAAAUACCUCCUCAUACAAUCUUCCCGUCCGGGCACACUGCCAGCAAAUCUCCAGGGCAUUUGGAACAGAGACUUCCGGCCCCCCUGGGACAGCAAGUUCACCAUCAACAUAAACCUCGAGAUGAACUACUGGCUCGCUCAACCCCUCGAUCUGCCAGAGAUCUCAGAGCCAGUCGUCGACUUCGUCGACCGCAUGGCCGUGACAGGCAGCGAGGUGGCCAAGGGCAUGUAUGGCAGCGAAGGCUGGUGCUGCCACCACAACACCGACAUCACGGGCGACUGCACGCCGUUCCACGCAAUCACCAUCGCGGCCCCUUACCCCCUCGGCGGUGCGUGGCUGGCGUUCGAGGCUAUCGAGCACUUUCGCUUCACGGGCGACAAGGCCUACGCGCGGGACCGCGUCUUGCCCCUCCUCCGGGGUGCCAUGGACUUCAUCUACAGCUGGGCCACCGAGCGCGACGGGUGGUGGAUUACGAACCCUAGCUGUUCGCCCGAGCACUCGUAUUACAUCCCGGAAAACAUGACGGUGGCAGGCGAAACCACGGGCAUCGAUGCGGGGGCCAUGAACGACCGCGCCAUCAUGUGGGAAAUCAUGUCGGGCUUCGUCGAGAUCUCAAAAGCCUUGGGUUCCACGGAGGGCGUCGAAAAAGCCACGGAGUUCCGUGAUAAAAUCCAGCCGCCUCAAGCAGGCUCAUACGGACAGUUGCUCGAGUAUUCCAGAGAGUACAGGGAGAACCAGCCCGGUCACCGUCACUUUUCGCCCUUGGUCUGCGUGCAACCCGGCACAUGGGUGACGCCGCUCACGACGCCAGAUUACGCAGACAUGGCUUACAAGCUUCUGCGGCACCGCAUGGAUAACGGGGGAGGAGGCAAUAGCUGGGCGGUCACCUGGGCAAGUCUCUUACACGCCCGGCUGUUCGACGCCAGCAACGCGCUUAAAUACGCCAUGGAGCUGAUUUCGCGCUGGGUGCAUAACAAUUUGAUGAGUCGGAACGGAAGUUACUUCCAGAUUGACGGGAACUCGGGCUUCACUGCGGCAAUCAUCGAGAUGCUAUUGCAGAGUCAUGCGGGCGUCGUUCACCUCGGCCCAGCGAUUCCUCCCAAAGGUCAGGGUUUGUCAAGCGGAAGCUUUCGAGGCUGGGUAGCUCGUGGGGGGUUCAAAAUCGACAUGGCGUGGCGAGACGGUGUUGUUACCGGAGCCGAGAUUACAUCGCUUCUGGGCAACCCUCUCAAAGUGAGAGUAGGGGGCGGACUUGCUUUUGCAGUCAAUGGAGCAGAACGUCGUACGGCUAGUGACGAGAUCCCUACGGAAGUCGGUGGAAAGAUUAUCAUAUCCGUGUAG